AUGGAUCUGGACUUAACCACAGAUAUCGGUCAGGUCACACUAUCAAACUCCUCCAACUGCUGGACAUGCAAGUUGCGACGCAAGAAAUGCGACGGCAACCGACCGACGUGUAAUGCGUGCGCCGGACUUCACAUCCCGUGUCAUCAAAGCCAGGCCCGGCCUGAAUGGAUGGACGGCGGAGUGCGGCAGGAGCAGAUGCAGGAGGAAAUCAAGUGCAAGGUCAAAGAGAACGCACACCGACGCCGUGGCGAUCACUCGGUCAACAUCUUUCCUACGCAGAAUCCCGCCGGUGAACCAUCUCAGGACAGCUGGAAUCCUGUGUCACAGAAAUCGUCGGCGGCGCAUCACAGCCCACCAACACGCAAUGGCUCCAUGCCAGCCGUAGACGUCAGCAAUACUCCUCCAUCUCCUCAUUCGGUGUCAACCAUCACGGUCGUGGGCUCUCCUGAGCAUGGCUGCAGAUGGGGCGAACAUGUCGCACCGGGGACCAAGCAAUUCGGAAAAGCCGACACAGUGCAUAUCGCCUUCUACACCGAGAAUCUGUUCCCUUUCCUAUUCCCGUUUCAUCAUCCUGCCUGCGGCAAGGCCUGGAUCUUGGAACUUCUGCUUCGCAGUCCAGUAAUACGACAAGCCACGCUGUGCCAAAGCUCGUACUACCUAUCCCUCGAGCAAGAAGCUGCAAGUCAUCGAAGUGCUUCAGAAGUUUUACUGGAUCAGACCAAUGACGCGUUUGCUGUGCUCAGUGAUGCACUGCAGAUCAUCAUCAGCCAAGGAAUCACUCAGCACCUAGCUGGGGCAGUUCGAGUCUUAACCAGCAUCAUGCAACUUCACCGGUUCGAGGCCACAGUGAUGAGCUUCGAGAACUGUCAAGCCCAUCUCAAUGCGGCUGUGGCUUUAUUCCAACAGCUACUCGAGAGUGAGAGCGAAGAUGCUGUGCGAAUUGCGUGUGCUAGAUCAUCUUUCGAUGGCGUCCUCAAUCGAUUGGGUCCAGCAAUCUCAACAUUCGGCACUGUGAGUGUACAUGUCACCAGUGCUGAGCAAACAGCAUUUCGCUUUUCUUCCGCUCUCGUUGUAUUUGAGGACGUCAUCGCCAGCACAGUGCUACAGAAACCGCCCAAACUUUACAGCUACCACAACAGCCUGCUCGUAAACAGAUUCGACAGCACCGGACCUGCCAUUGAUCUCAAGACUGUGAUAGGAUGCGAGAACUGGGUGAUGCUACACAUUGGAGAGAUUGCCGCUCUCGACGCCUGGAAACAGACGUGCAAAAGAGAAGGUACUCUCGAUGUUAUGCAGCUUGUCCAGCGGGCUACGUCGAUCAAGACUACUCUGGAAGCAAGAAUUGCCUCAAUAAAUACUCGAUCAGCUUCCAACGGCGAGAAUGUGAAGCCUCUCAACUUGCUUGACGCCUUCCACACGCAAGCGCAUCCUGGCACAGACCAGAUUGCCUUGGUCACAGAGGCCUGGGCACAAGCUGCGAUGGCGUACUUAUUUGUGGUUGUCUCAGGAUGGCAGCCCGCAAGUCCAGACAUCCAAUUUCACGUGCAGCGGACGAUUGACAUUCUAUCACAAUUAUCGCCGCCUUCGCUACUACGCACAAUGGUCUGGCCGUUCUCCGUUGCAGGCUGCUUGGUAGAACCGGAUCGGGAGGCUCACUUGCGAGGUCUUGUCCGGCCUCUACAGCCGCCAAGCGUGUUUGGGGCCGUACAUAAGGCUCUUGUAAUGAUAGAAGGCGUGUGGGCCAGCAGGGGAAAGUUUAAUGCAGACAGAGAUCUUACUUCGUGUUUUAGAAGUCGAGAGGACUUUUCUGGUGCGAGCUAA